AUGGGAAAGAAGAAACGCAACUCUUCUGGAAAAUCCCAAGACACCAAAAGCGAGCAAGGGAAGUCAUGGCUGCUGACAGAACAGGUGAAACCACCCGAGCCUUUGAAUUUUCAAGACUCUAAUGGUUGGAAAAGCUGGAUCAAACGUUACAAGAUGUUUCACAGUGGAGUGGCACUGUCGUCUGCUAGCGAGGAACGUCAAAUAAACAUGCUGCUCUACUGCAUGGGAGAAGAAGCAGAACCACUUCUCACUUCCAUGGGAAUGACUGAGGAUAAAAGACUAUCUUUCAACACCGUCGUUGCUGCAUUUGAAGAUUAUUUUGCAAUGAGGAAGAAUGAAUUUUAUCACCGAGCUUUGUUCUUGGGGAGAGAUCAAAAGCCUGGAGAAAAAGUCGACUCGUUCAUAGACGAUCUUCAAAAACUGUCUGAGAAAUGUAACUGGUCUUGUAAAACGUGUAAGAGUAAAGGUUUUGUAGAAGAAAUGAUGGUGCUCAAGCUUGUGAAUGGUCUAGCCGACAAAGAUGUAUCUAAAUCUAUUCUACGUGAAGGAGCCACAAGUUUAACUGAGGCUAAGAAGAUACUAAGACUGAAAGAGUCUGACGCUAGAGGAAGAGAAAAUGCAAGCGUAUAUGAUCUUUCAGAGGAUUUCAAUUUGAUGGCAACUGGGAAUAAGGUUGGAUGUACAGGUGCAAAGAAAAAAGAGCUUUAUAAGAGUGUAGCCACGUCAAGCAAAAAGGAACCGAGCAGUUUGCAUUUCACAGAAGAUGAAAGACCAAAGAGCUUAUAUUUGAACACAGAAAGAGUAAAUAAGAAGUUAUCCUUUUCUUCAGGUGUGGACUCAGGAGACGAAUAUUCGACAGAUGAGUUUUCUAGUGAUACUAUCUAUUUCUUCCUGGAAGAAAAGGAGGGAAGUAUUGUAUUUAGAACCAAAGACCAAAAAGGAAAUCUUAUUCUAAAGGGAAAAAGUAUCUGUGAUGCAAAACAACUUGUGACGCAGUCAAAUAAUGGCUGUGAAUGUACAGUGCACAACUGCCAACAUUUAACAUCCAAGAGGGAGACUGCUCCUAAAACAUCUACAAAACUUGUAACUGCUGGUUCUUCAGGCUCAAAUACAAUGCGACAAUCACAGACGUUUCCAAACCAAGCUGUACCUCCAACUCAUAUCAACCGAGGAGAGCCUGAGAUGCCGGGAUGGUCCGUCUCCGAGUCUAUGAGGCUGAACCAACAAAAGCAAGCAUCAAACUUCAACACUGCCACAACAUUCAACACAGCUAACAUUCUCUCGGUAGACUCGUUUCCACCUUUGCGGCCAGAGAAAAGUAGAAGGAAGAUCCGGCAAAGAAGCCUACCUUCGAUGCAGUAUGAGACCUACGAAGAGUUUGAUUCUGAUGAUGAAAAGGCCAACAACAUCGUCAACAUCAUCCAUUCAAAUUCAUAUGUGUGUUUGUCUCUUAGAUGA